UCACGUGCUGGAUUCACUUCCUGCUGAUUUGAUCCACCGCAGAUAGACUGCCGUAUCAUGUCGUCUUAGGCUCCACAGACUGCUAUCCACCGCUGUAAACAUGUUAUUUCAGUGUGAAUCUAGUCGUUCGUCGCCCCUGAAGCUGGUUCUUUGGUUAGUGGUGUGUCUGGGUUAUUUGUCGGUCCGGUCCGGAGCGGAGGACGACAGCAGCAGCCCGUGGUACCGGGACCUGUGCAGUUAUAAAUGGGAGGCUUUUGACAAGGAUAAUAAGGUGAGCUACACGCUAAAGCUCUGUGAGUCUUCACCAUCAACCGGCUGUGACCCCGGCACCGCCGUCUGCGCCCGAAGCAUCGCCACCGGAGAAAACCGGUCUGUGGGUGAGCUGAGCCUGCGGACGCUGUCUGGCACGGUGCUCGACUACAACAGCACGGAGAAAUGUCUCGGGAGCAGCAACAACGUUCAGACCAGCAUCAGCUUCCAGUGUGGGAAAACCCUGGGUACGCCAGAGUUUGUCGCCGUGUCUCAGUGUGUGCAUUACUUUGAGUGGAGGACCUACGCCGCCUGCAAGAAAGACAAAUUCAAGCCACACAAAGAGGUCCCCUGCUUUGCCUUUGACUCUGACUGGAAGAAGCACGACCUCAGCCCCCUGAUCAAGGUGAACGAUGGCUAUCUGGUGGACGACGGUGACGACACCAUUGACUUCUACAUCAACAUCUGCCGGAGUCUAACCAUACCAGACAAAUCGUGUCCGGAGGGGUCUGCAGCCUGUCUGGUCACCACUCAUGGCUCUUACAACAUGGGCUCUCCUACCACACAGCUGGAGCUGUCAUCCAACGACAGACUGACGUUGCGCUAUGAAGUCGCUGAUGAUUCUCAUCCUGCGGAUAUCUGCAAUGGACACAAACCUGCUGUCAGCCUCACUUUCAUCUGUCCGUCAAGCAGACAUUCAGGCAGCACUCCGAAGAUGACAGCCGGGUUGAACUGUCGCUACGAGGUGGAGUGGGUGACCGAGUACGCAUGUCACAGAGACUACCUGGAGAGCCACAGCUGCAAAAUGACCAGCAAAGAGCACGACAUCGCAAUAGACCUAACACCUCUUACCUUGAGUUCUACAGAUCCGCCGUACUACGCACACUCCGGGCCCACUGAGGGGGGUGACAGCUACGUCUACUACCUGAACGUGUGUGGAAACACUAUUAAAUGUGGCGGAAACCAGUUUGUAUCGUCCUGUCAGGUCAAGAAGACCGAAGACGUGAAGAAGGUGGCAGGAAGAUUUCAGAACCAGACUUUACGUUAUUCGGAUGGAGAUCUGACUCUGAUCUACCCAGAUGGGAGCAGAUGCUCCUCCGGCUUCCUGAGAAUGACCAUAAUCAACUUUGAAUGCAACAAGAAUGCAUCCAACGGCGGGCGAGGGAAUCCAGUCUUUGCAGGGGAGACAGACUGCACGUAUUACUUUGACUGGGAGACGGCAUUCGCCUGCGUCAAGGAGAAGGAGGAUCUAUUGUGUCGGGUCAGAGACGACAACAAACACUACGACCUUUCACCCCUCACAAGAUACCCUGGGUCGGAUGUUGGUGGGAACUGGGAGGUUGUGGACGCUAAAUCUCCAAAUCCAGACUUGCGUUUCUACCUGAAUGUCUGUCACAAAGUCAUCCAGACGGGAGCAGCUGUCGGCUGCCCAGUGAAUUCCUCCAUCUGUGCCGUGGAUAAGGAUAAUGGGACGAUCAGCUUGGGAAGCUUCCUCUCAUCACCCCAGAAGACUAAAAUAGGACAAGACAUCAGACUGGUGUAUACCGAUGGAAGCUUUUGCAUCAAUAAAAAGACAAGGAUCCAAACUGUGCUGAUCCUGAAGUGCAAACCCGGAGAUCUGGAGAGCGCUCCGGUUCUUCGUAGCGUUUCGUCUGACGGAUGUGUGUACGAGCUGGAGUGGUACACAGCCGCCGCCUGCGUCCUCUCCAAGACGCAGGGGGACGAUUGCAAAGUGGAGGACCCUCAGGCUGGGUUCUCUUUCGACCUCUCCCCUCUCUCUAAAGCCAACGGUAGCUUCUACAACCUGACCAGCGACAACUAUGACUACUACAUCAACGUCUGUGGUCCCGUCAAAGCCGCCAGCUGUCCCGAAAAGGCCGGUAUAUGCCAGGUCCAAACCAGUUCUUGGAGUCUUGGGGAAGCAAACUCCCGCCUGUCGUACUACGACGGCCUGAUCCAGCUCACCUACAACAACGGCUCCAAGUACAACAACGUAAAACACACUCUCAGGUCCUCUGUCAUCUCUUUCCUCUGUGACCCAGAAGCUGGAGCAGGAUACCCCGAAUUCCAGGUGGAGGACAAUUUCACCUAUAACUUUCGCUGGUACACGUCCUACGCAUGUCCUGAAAGGCCUCACGAGUGUUUGGUGACAGAUCCCCAAACUCUUGAGCAGUACGACUUAUCCAGCUUGUCACGCUCCACUUCCAUCACCAACUGGCAGGCCAUGGAUUUGUCCGACACCUUGAACCUUAAGAAGUACUACAUCAACAUAUGUCGGCCUAUCAACGCGGUCCCAGGCUGCGACCGCCAAGCGUCCGUCUGCCAGAUGAAGUACAUAUCCGUGCAGGGUUCUCCGAAGGAGGUCGUAUCAAUCAGUAAUGUGGGGAUUUCCAAGCGAGGGCCAAUCAUCGAGGAGCGGGACCGGCUGCGGAUGGAGUUCACAGACGGCUCUGCGUGCGAGUCAGACGGCCAGAAGCUCACAUACACCACGCUCAUCCACCUGGUCUGCUCCAGAGGAAGUGUGUCCAUGGCUCCGAGGUUCCUGAUGUACCAGAACUGUACCGCCAACUUCAGGUGGGAGACCAGAGCCGCCUGCGCAAUCAAAACCACCACCGACAAAAACUGUACCGUGGUGGAUCCCAACACUGGCUUUGAACUCAACCUUCAGCUUUUGGCUUCGAAGACUGGAUAUAAGACAAAUGGCAAUGGCAAAGACUUCCUGGUGAACAUCUGCUCUGACGUGGCAGAAUGUGGACCGGGCAUGGCCGGCUGUGAGCUGGAUGAGGGGCAUCCGUCCAGCCCAGUGGGGGUGGAGAGGACCCUCCAGUACUCCACCGAUGGCCUGCUCACCCUAACAUACAAGGGAACCCUGGACGAGCCCACUGCAACUCGGGACACCUUCACCAUUAAUUUUGUGUGUGAUCCAACCUCUCACCCCGGCUCAUUAAAACUCCUGAGAGAGGAACUGAGUACUCUGCAGAAACACGUGGUCCACAACGUCUUCUUUGAGUUCUCUACCGCUCUGGCCUGCAUCCCUGCUCCAGUUGACUGCCAGAUUAUUGAUUCCCAUGGUAACGAGUAUGACCUAAGGCACCUGAUGCGGGAUGGGGACGACAGCCCAUGGAUCGUCAUAGAUACAGAUGCCGCGAAAUCACAAAACUUUUACAUCAACGUUUGCAAACCUCUCCCUCCAUUGAGCAAUUGUCCAGUGGGUCCUUUGGGUGCCUGUGGCAUAAUUAAUGGGAAGAGUUCUAACCUGGGAUACGUCCAGUCCAGUCCUCAGGCGGCGGAGGACGGCUCCAUCAGCAUCGUGUACCAGAACGGGGACCAGUGCGGCUCUACAUCCCGCUACUCAACGCGCAUCAUCUUCCAGUGCGACGAGAACCCGGGCUCCCCCAUGUUUGAUCGUAAAGAUGGUUGUGAAUAUGUCUUCAUCUGGAGGACAUCUGAGGCCUGCCCCAUCAGGAAGUCUCAAGGUGAUGACUGCCGAGUUCGUGACCCCAAGAGUGGCUAUGAGUUCAACCUGAGCUCUCUGAAGGGUCAAGAUCACUCCGUAACCAGCAAUAACUACGUCUACCACCUGUCGAUCUGCGAGGGACUCCAUAAAGGCAUCUGCAGUCACACAGAAACAAGCCCUGAAACGGUUUCCUCUUGCCAAGUGGAAGGGAACAACCACAAGAUAGCAGGAAUGGCAUCCCAGGUUCUAAGCUAUGUGGGAGACCAGCUCAUCCUGAACUACACGAAUGGAGAAAUCUGUCAUAAGAUAUACAAAAGAUCCACAGAGAUCUACUUCUCCUGCCACCCUGACAGGCACCCUGGUAAACCAGAGUUCAUCAAGGAGACUCCGGAGUGCACAUACAUGUUCAGCUGGCCCACCGCUCUGGCCUGCGUCCCAGUCAAGACCACGAGCUGCUCCUACAAGGAUGAUCAGGGACACUCGUACGACCUCUCCCCUCUCGCCAUGGACUCUCGGAACUGGGAAGCGGAGCCCUCUACAGAGGACACAAAGAACCAAUUCUUCAUCAACGUCUGCAGGUCGCUGGUGCAGCAGGGAGGUACAUGGAAGUGUCCCUCCAGUGCAGCCUCCUGUUUGAAGGCCGGAGAGGACUAUGUGAAUUUGGGGCAAGUGGAGUCAGGCCCUACGUGGGACGGGAAUGUCCUGAAGCUGCAGUACACCAGCGGCCAGGCGUGUCCCGGUGGAGGCCGCAACAGGAGCAGCAUCAUACGCUUUAAAUGUGACAAAGACAAAGUGGACUCCCGGCCUUCUUUGAUCUCUGCCAUUGAGGACUGUGUGUACACCUUUAUCUGGUUAACGGCUGCGGCCUGCCCUCUAAGCAGCAGCCACCACGACAACUGCAGGGUCACCAAUCCUGCAACAGGUCACUUGUUUGAUCUCAACACCCUGACAAAGGAAGAAGGUUACGUUGUGUACGAUCCCCAGGAACACAGAAAGAUGUUCCGCAUGAAUAUCUGUGGGAACGUGUCCAACGCCGGAUGCAGCUCAGAAACCGCUGUGUGUAUUAAGGAUGCUGCGACCGUGGUGAGCGGCGGUCAGGUGAGCAGACAACUCUCCUACAAGGAUCAGGUUCUGGAGCUGACGUAUGAAGGAGGAAGUACCUGCCCAGCAGAUACCAAACUCAAACACAACACCGUCAUCCACUUCAUCUGCAGGCCACCUAACAUGGGCUCGUCCCCGCCAGAGCCGGUUCUCAUUUACUCCAAUGCUGAGACCUGCACACACUCCUUCUCUUUCCACACACCACUGGUCUGCGAACAGCCAGUAAGGUGUUCGGUCCAGAACGGCUCUGCUCUCAUAGACCUGACUCCUCUCAUCCACAUCAAUGGAUACUACACAGCAACAGACGAGGCAGUGGACCAAGAUGACGGAUCUCCAGACUUCUACAUCAAUAUCUGCCAGCCCUUAAACCCCAUCCCAGGGGUAACCUGCCCCCCUGGCGCCGCUGUCUGUAAGGACCCCGACAAUGGACCACCAGUGGACAUUGGGCGGAUUACCAGCGGUCCUGAGAUCAACAGCGCCACAGGGGAAGUGUCCAUCACCUACAACAGCUCCACCAAGUGCGAGGCUGACCCUGCACAGAACUACACCUCGACCAUCGUCUUCACCUGCCAGAGGGGCUUGGAUCUGGGCUCUCCACAAAUGCUGAGGCUGCAGAAAUGUCUCUAUUUAUUUGAGUGGGCAACUCCUCUAGUGUGCUCGGACGCCGCCCUCACCAACGCCAGCGGUUGCCAGCUCACUGAUUCCCAGCUCCAGUUCACCUUUGAACUGUCCGUCCUCUCUGGUGAAGUGAAGGUGCCAGCGAGCUCCAGCGUCUACCACAUCAACGUCUGCGGCUCAGUGGCCGAGCCGGCCUGCGACAAGAGCGCGGUUUGCCAGGUGUCUGGUUCUGGAUCAGACAAGUCAGCAUCAUCUUUCGGCAUCAGCAAGGCCAUGACAAUGGACUACAAACACGACGAGGACGCCAUACUGAUGCAGUACGGUGGGGGAGAUGCCUGCCCACCAGUGACAAAUGAGGGCGAGGUGUGCGUUUUCCCCUUCACGCUCAUGAAGAAGUCAUACACGGCGUGCACCAAAGACGAACGCACAGAUGGCAGGAUGUGGUGUGCCACCACUGCAGACUACGACAAGGACAAGAAGUGGGGAUUCUGCAAUGCAGCCUCUGGUAAGCGCCAGUCCUCCAUAUUGUUUACCUGCGACGAGUCAGCGGGCCGUGGCUCUCCACGGCUGCUCUCAGAGACGGCGGGUUGUUCGGUGACCUUUCAGUGGCGCACCAGUGCCGUUUGUCCCCCGAUGAAAAUGGAGUGUAAGCUGGUCAGCCAGCACCAGACCUUUGACCUGCGAACCCUGUCCUCCCUCACUGAGCCGUGGAAGUUCAGACACCAGGGAGAUUCGUACUUCAUUAACCUGUGUCAGGGUAUCCAAGGCGGAUUGCCAGGCUGUCCAGGGGGAGCAACUGUGUGCCGGCACACAGCAGCCGGAGUUACCCAGACCCUGGGCCGAGUUUAUACCCAGAAAAUGAGCCAUGUUGAUGGAAAGAUAACUGUCAGUUACUCAGCGGGAGAAGAGGUCUGUGAUAACGGUGUGCAAGCCAAGACUGUGAUCCAGCUGAGCUGUGGCUCCACUGUCGGACACCCAGCCCUCAUCAGCGUCGAUAAGGCGACAUGUACGUUUGUGAUUGGCUGGGAGACUCGGUUGGCGUGUGCUGUGAAGCAGCGGGAGGUGCAGAUGGUGAAUGGGACGAUCCAAGUUCCCGACACCGGAGCCAGCCUCAAUCUGGGAACGCUUUACUUCAGCCACCAUCAGGCGUCUGGAGACAUCCGUCCCAACGGCGACCGCUACGUCUACCACAUCCAGUUGUCUGGCAUCACCAACAACUCGCUGCCCACCUGUCUCGGCGCCAACAUCUGCCAGGUCAAACUCAACGGGCAGAACAGACGCAAGAUUGGCUUUUCAAAAAAGGCCAGGUACUACGUAAAAGGAGGAAACCUGGAUGUGAUGGUGCCCUCUGAGUCCCCAUGUGGGCGGGAGAAGACAAAAAUGGUGUCGUCCACCAUCAUGUUCCACUGUAACCCGUCGGCAGGCGUCGGCAUCCCUGAGUUCAUGCUGGAGACGGAUGAAUGCCAGUAUCUCUUUGUGUGGCACACGGACGCUGUGUGUGGUCUCACAACUGUUGACGUAGGUGUUGAAGAUAUAGGGGACGGCGAUGCCCCUCCUUUCUCCGGGGGGAGGCCGGCGAUGGGGCUGAUGCUGAGUCUGCUGCUGGUGGUUCUGUCCGUCGGCCUGCUCGGGCUGCUGCUCCACAAGAAGGAGAGGAGAGAGUUGGUGAUCCAGAAGGUGGUUGGCUGCUGCAGGAGAGGAAACCAAGUCUCCUAUAAAUAUUCCAAGGUCAAUAUGGACGAAGAAGGGGGCGAAGAGGAGAUGGAGUGGCUGAUGGAGGAGCUCGAAGCAACUCCCACAUCCUCCUCGUCCUCCCACCGGGGGAAGAAAAACCACGGCAACGGUCACAUCACGACCAAGCCGGUGAACGCGGACGGCCUGCGCACGUUCUCGCUGGACGAGCAGAACGACGAGGACGACAGCGAGGACGAGGUGCUCAGCGUCCCGGGGGUGCGAGUGGUGAAAUCCUCCGGGAACGCCGGGAACUCCAGGCACUCUUCGGCCCAUCGCAGCCCCUUCCUUCAGGAGGAGAGCGACGAGGACCUGGUGGGUCUCCUAGACGAGUCGGAGAGGAAGCGGAAGGGCAGGAAACCUCGCUCCCCCGGCAACAGCACAGCAGCCAAUAGGAAACGGGACGAGGACGACAGUGACGAGGACCUCCUCAGGGUGUGAUGUCACUGCCGAUCCUGCUGACGUACCACAACCAGUCUGGACUCUUCUUUCUCAUUGAAUGUCUCCAUAACAACAGCAGCAGCAGCAGCGACAACAACAACAACAACAUAGCCUUUCCUCUCUUUUGGAAUUCUACUUCUGACUGGGCCUUGACUUGUCUUCAGAAUCCGUCAUGUUCACCGUUAAGACUUUCAAUGUUAGCAAUAUGGUUCCAUAUUUAUUGGUAGAUGAUUAUUUAAAGCGAUCCGCAAGCUGUUUUUUGACCUACACCUUAGUCAUAAAAGUCAUUUCUCAAAGUGAAAUAAUAAGAUAAUUCACUUUAGCUACGUCAAUCUUGCUACAUUUAUCUAAUAUAGACUCUAAAAAUCAACCCCAGAGGCAUACAAAGCACCUUCUUUGACAAGCUGGCUCAGCAAUGUGAGUGAAAAGAUAUGAAUUCUGUGUUUUUCUUUAUUUUGCCAUAGUUGUUCCAUGGCUUUAGAUCUUUAGUGCCGCAUUAAUUAGUUUCUGAAGAAUAAUACCAUGUCAUUGCGUCGGAUAAAAAGAAAAGCUUUGGCUGCCUUUUUGGAGUUUAUUUUUAUUUUCCAUGGCUCUAUUUGAUAACUAUAGUGAGAUGUACGGUGAAGAAGUUCGAUAUUGAAACCAUUCGGUGGUUUUUUCUGAGGAAAACCACGAUCACCACCAUCAAAGAAAAACAAAGCAGGGGAUAACUGGCAUUGUUCCCUGGGUCGUGGGCCGUGAGAGCGUCGGGAAUCGAGACAUCCGAUUGUCUGUUCUUGCUGUUUACAGUUGCUACAAUGGCCUGUCUUCUCUUUCUUUCCCCCCCGAAAAGAAAGCGUGAUGCCUUCCUGAUGAUGAACUUAUUUUGCGUUGUCAUCAACUGAUCCGGCAACAGAUUGAUUUUUGUCUUGUGUUGAUCAGAGACGUUGUACAUAGAAGAUAUGGUUCUAUAAUAUGGACAUUUUGUUUGUCUGUUUGUUGUCUUGCUCACACGUUUGUUUGUUAUUUAAAUGCGUGUCUGAUCUGACUAUCUGUAUGAAUCUCAGUUCUGGUUUGGAGGAGAAAACAAAGAGAUGGCCUUACGUGUGAAUGGAGGGACGGCGAGGACUGAGGUUGUAAGGGAUAUUUGAGAUGUUUAGGUUUGCUGUUUUUUUUUUUUUUUUUUAAGCCACCAUCCAUUCCCCCCUAACACCUCUCCCGCAAAAGCCAUAUUUCUACCGCCACUGCUCGCAUUAAUGAAUCAGAGUUGAAAAUUAGCUUUGCACGUUUGUGCGGCCUGUACAUUGAAGGCUCAUUUUUAUUAUUUACAUUUGCAAUCGUUGAUGUUGGUGAAAGAAAAAAAAAAAAGACAUGUUUGAACCAGGUACCACCGACUUUGUUUGGGCCAAAUCAGCCGUUUUUAGCCAAAUGCAUGUGAUAAGGAGCAUUUAAUUAUCAAGAAUGCAGGCAGUUUAUUUACAUUUUACAUAUUUUCUGCUUAAUAAUCAAACCAGUAUCAAAUAGUAUAUCCGUAAUGAAGGAGAUCUUGGGCCUGAGAUAUUUUGAUAGUAUAUUAAACUGAUGUGAGUAAUCCUGCACAGUGUGAUGGGAGCAUCUGUAUUCUUUGGUCGCAAAGUCAAAACCAAUCAAUCUUGUUUCUGCAACUGAAGAUGGAGGGUUUGUCUGAUGGUUCUUCUUCUCUCCUGUUAAGGAAGCAAGUGUUUUCUAAGGCUGCAACAAACUGAUAUUUUCAUUUUUGAUUGUGAAAAAAAGUGCCCAUCACAAGUCAUCAUAGUCCCAAGAUGAUGUGUUCAAACGUCUUCUGUCUGAACAUCAGUCUAAUACCCAAAGACAACCGUUUGUUGCAGACCAUCCGUCUCCCUUUGAAAGUAUUUGUCUUGGGACAUUUUGAGGCUUCUCAUUUACAGGUGUUUUAUUCCCACUUGGCUAACUGAAUGAACCCGCUGACCGUUUCACAGAUUGAUUUCUUUCUCAGAAUUUGCCGUGUGUUAAUAUACAACCUUGGGACAGAACCUCAUGAUUUAUUGAAAGGGUUUUGGAAUGAUUUGCUCUCACAAACAGCACUGUCGCACUAUUUAUUACUGUACGUACAUUGUGGACAUAACGAAGGGGAUCAAGUCAGUAAAUUCACUUUUGGGGUUUUCUCAGUAUUCAAUCCACAGAAAAGGUAUUGGGUAUAACAAAUAAAAAGCUAAAAUAUUGUGUCAAUCAAAAGAAGGCUCACCGUUCAGGGUAUUUCUAAAGAAUUGUACUUAAGAUUUGUUAAACCUUUUUGUAGGAUGCCAAACAUGAAAACUCUGUAAAACUUGUUUGCCACUUUGUGCUCACUGACUCGUCAGGAGACCAAGGAGGCUGUUUAUUAUGUGAAGUCUUUUAUUUCCAUCAUUGCAUAAAGUCUGUUCCUGCUGUAUUUAGUAACCAAAGCUCUAGUGUCUGCAUGGUGCUGUCCUGAACCUUUUCGUCCCUAUGCAGACAUGAAAGGACUUUCUACAGAGAAAUGCUUUGGGUUAUGUGAAGCUAAUUUGGCCUCUGUGAUUUAAGGUUGAGAUUCAGAAACAGGCUGUGACUUACAAAAAAAGAAAAAAAAAGCACAAUGCAUUUUCUGUGAUGAUUCGGUACUUUUGAAGUUCAUUAUUACGAUUGAGUUGGUGUAGGUUAUGUUGUCUGAUAUGUUGUUUUAUUUCAGCUUUUUGCUUGUUUCAUAUUUAAAAACAACAUUGAUGUCAAAUAAAAAAAGAUUGCAUUAUUUGAAUAAAAAGGUCUGCUGUG